AUGGCUGAGAGCACUCGACAGGCUGAUCCCUUAGCACCAGCAAAUGGUUACACAAGAAGUGAUACUGAGUCUUUGCAAUCCGCUGAUGAGCUGAAACGCAAGAAGAGAAUCAAAUUGGCCGUUUAUAUUGGUAUUUUCAUUGUGUUUCAGAUCAUUGUCAUAACUGUGAUUAGUCUCACCGUCAUGAAAGUUAAGACUCCGAAGGUUAGGCUAGGCAAUAUCAACAUUCAAGACCUCAACUCUGUCCCAGCAACGCCUUCAUUUGACACAAAAUUCACAACCCAAAUAAGGAUCAAGAACCCAAACUGGGGUCGUUACAAGUUUGAUGCUAGCAAUGUCACGUUUUUGUACCAAGGAGCGACUGUCGGGCAAGUUGAUAUUCCAAAGAGCAAGGCUGGAAUGCUUUCCACCAAAAAAGUGAAUGUAGAGGUCAGCUUGAGCUCGAGUUCAUUAAGCAGUUCGAAUCUUGGCAGUGAAUUGAGCAGCGGGGUGUUGACUCUCAACAGCGCAGCUAAGUUGACGGGAAAGGUUGAAUUGAUGCUUAUAAUGAAAAAGAAGAAGUCUUCCAACAUGGACUGCACCAUUGCAUUUGAACUGUCAUCCAAGACGCUCAGAAGUUUGCAGUGCAAGUGA